CUAACAUAUGACGAAAUGAUUGAAAAAUUUUAUGAAAAAGAAAAGCAAAUGGCUGCUUAGAAAUCGACAUUCUUGAGAUCGCACAAAAUAAUCCGAUGUUAUUACAUGAAUUAUGCACUUAAUAUGAUCAUGAUUAGCAAAAUAAAGCUCUAGAGCUCUCAAAUAACUGAAAUAUAUCUAUAUUUUAUGAAUAAAAGCUUCUAUAUCCAUCAUUAUAUCAUUUUCUAUCUUCACCACUUUACGUUUGACUAAAAAUAAAGAAAUUAUUAUUGUGUUUGCGAUGGAUCCACGUUCGUUCUUCUGUUCUUUCAUAAGGUGAAGUGAUGUGAAUAGAGAGCUGGGCGGCGACCGCCCUUUCGAACAUGGAACGGAGCCACGACAAGAGGCACGGCAAGCACCACAAGGAGAAGCACAAGAAGCGCUCUCACAAGAAGUACAGGAGCCACUCUAGCGGUACCCACGACCAGUCAUACGCUACUAGUAACUCAGUGAAACCCCUGGUGGAGUACUCCGACGUCAGCUCGGAGGACCUGUCGGCCCCGGAGGCGGGCGAGAUCGAGAGCGAGGCCAGCUCCAUUGGCCGGCACAUCGCCGACGAUCUCGACCGCACCAGGAGGUCCCACUCCAUCCGCACCUUCCUCGACAAUAAGAUAUCGGUGACGACCACGAGCAGGCGGGCCACUGACGAAUAUGCUCUCACUCGUGAUUCUUCUUCAGCAGCGAGGAAGAGGCGGGUCGAGUACGAGGAUCCGGAGCCGGAGUACGAUGAGCACUCCAGAUAUAAAAAGAAAAAGGAGAAGCGUAAGAAGGACAAGAAAAAGAAGAAGAAGAAGUCCAAGCACAGGUCCCGGUCCGCUAGCCUGGAGAGCGUGUCGCCCGACGACAAUCUACCGGUAGCGGCUACCCCCGACAGGCCGGUGACACCGCAGAGGUACACUCAGGUGCCCAUAAGCGAGUGGGAGAAGGGGUCUUCUCCUAUCAGGAACGGGUCAUGUUCCCCGGUGUCACCAUCCACCACGCCUAUGAUACAGGAGCGUCGGGAGAUAUCUCCGCGUCAUAGGCCUGUCCGGGAACCUCCGAUGCAUCCUAUUCCAUUCUCACCACAUAGAGAAUUAUCUCCAGUGCUAAGGAGGCGACAGAAGUCUACAACUCCUCACACACCACUAGUGCCUCCGUACCAUGAUACUGUCACGAUAGACUCCGACAACGAGGAAUUUGAGCAGAGGAGACGGGAGUACUGGGCCGAACAGCACAGGAUGCAGGCCGAAGUUAUGGUCAUAUCGGAUUCGCCGGUGCACGAGACUCGGCCGCGCGACUACAGCCCGCGCCGCCACCGCCGCCGCAGCCCGCGUCGCCGCCGCAGCCGCGACCGACACCGCGACUCGCGCGACGUGCGUGACGCUCGUGACGCUCGUGACCUGAGGGAUACGCGGGAUUCGCGGGAUACGCGCGACACGAGGGAUGUGCACAGGUCGCACAGUCGCAGUUCUCUGAAGCGGCGGCGGUCGCAGUCGCGGACGCGUCGCCGGUCGUCGUCGCCGCCGCGACAUCGCGCGCGACAUUCGCCAGUGCGGGAGAGACAUAGACCGGGAAGGGAAGAGCCGCCAAGCCCGCCGACCACAGUGCUUCAACGUAAAAUUGACUUCAAGGAGAAGAUUAGCGAUACAAGUCUGUUUGCUGAGCUCGUGAAGGACAAACAUAAGAGGGCGAAGAAGCUCCAGGAGAUACUGAACCAGAAGGAGGAGGAGUCUCAGGGCGCGCUGUCCACCAGCACCAACAACCAGGAGGUGCUCACCAUCGAUGAGCUCUCCAACAACACCACAGACAGCAUCACUCAGAAUUCAAACUCAAAAGAAAAUGGCGUCACUAGUCAGCCGGCGGAUCUAGUAGACAUUCCUAUGCCGAUGGCCGAGGACUCUCAGUCAGCGAGCCAGCCCGCUCAGACUUCGCCCCCGAACGCUCAGGCCACGGAGUCGCCCGGGGUUCCGCCCCCGCAGCCCCCGCCGCCCACUGACGCGCCCGCCGCUAAUGGGGACGCUAAACCGGAUAUGCUAAUUGAGUCGCGUCUACCGACGCCCCCCGCGCCGCCCGUCCCGCCGGCCCCGCCCAGCGACGAGGCCCCGCCCACGCCGCCCACCGCGCCGUCGUCCCGCUCCGUGGUAGACAGCGUGUUCAACGCCAAUCAGCAGCCGCCCCCGCCCAAGCCCAAGAGCCUCACGAAACUGCCCAUGCCGCCCAACACGCAGGUGGAAGAUCUCAAAACCCUCGCCAACGACAGUCCUCUGAGUACGCCGUCGCCGAGCCCCGUCAAGAAGUCUGAAAAACCAAAGAGAACCGGCAUCAUGAAUUUACCAAUGCCACCUGUGAUACGCGGCUCCGAGGAGUUGAGCGGGGACGAGCUGGACGGGUCGACGCCGCCGCCGUCCCACGCGACCUACUCGCACGUCUUCGCACGCAAAAACAAGGACGCUACUGGGUCGAAACUGAAGAGGCCGCGAAUUUUAAAACGUCGCGGCUCCAAAGUUGUACCCGUCGCUACGCCGACACAUCAUGCCAAAGACUGGGGCGAGAAGUGCGUUGAUGGAUUUGAGGUCCUCACGCAAAUAGGCGAGGGCACGUAUGGUCAAGUGUACAAAGCCAAAGACAAGAACACGGGUCAGCUCGUGGCCCUGAAGAAGGUGCGCCUCGAGAACGAGAAGGAGGGCUUCCCCAUCACCGCCGUCAGGGAGAUCAAGAUCCUGCGCCAGCUCAACCAUCGCAAUAUUGUCAACCUACGGGAGAUCGUCACAGACAAGCAGGACGCGUUGGACUUCCGGAAGGACAAAGGGUCGUUCUAUUUGGUGUUUGAGUACAUGGACCACGACCUGAUGGGUCUCCUGGAGUCCAAGAUGGUGGACUUCACGGAGUCCCACAACGCCUCCAUCAUGCGCCAGCUCCUCGACGGCCUCGCGUACUGCCAUAGGAAGAACUUCCUACAUCGGGAUAUCAAGUGCAGCAACAUACUUAUGAACAACAGGGGUGAGGUGAAGCUGGGCGACUUCGGUCUGGCGCGGCUGUGGUCGGCGGAGGAUCGCGCGCGGCCGUACACCAACAAGGUGAUCACGCUGUGGUACCGGCCGCCGGAGCUGCUGCUGGGCGAGGAGCGGUACGGGCCCGCCGUCGACGUGUGGUCCAUGGGCUGUAUACUCGGGGAGCUGUUCCUCAAACAUCCACUGUUCCAGGCGAACAUGGAGAUGAUGCAGCUGGAGAUGAUCUCGCGGGUGUGCGGGACGCCGGUGCCGGGCGUGUGGCCGAACGUGGUGCACCUGCCGCUGUGGCCGACGCUGCGGCCCAAACGCUUCCACAAGCGGUGCGUGCGCGAGCAGUUCGCCUUCAUGCCGCCGCCCGCGCUCACGCUGCUCGACCGCAUGCUCGAGCUGGACCCCGAGAAGAGGAUCACCGCCGAGGACGCGCUCAAGAGCGCCUGGCUGAAGGGCGUCGUGCCGGACCAAAUGCCCGCGCCGGAGUUGCCGACGUGGCAGGACUGUCACGAGCUGUGGUCCAAGCAGCGGCGGCGGCAGCAGCGCGAGCAGGAGCAGGCCGCCAAGACGAAGCCCUACGGCUACCAGGACGACAAGAACGAGUGCUCUAACCAGUCCGACUCCAGCUACAAGAGUGAUUACAAAAACGACGGAUUCAAACCUGAAUCCCAGGAGACAGUGGGACAGGUGAAAUAGUAUAUGUAUAUAUGUGGAUUCUACGAAUAAUGGUGCUUCAGUGUUCAGACUCGAGCCAGUGCGUGGUGCCUCCGUUGGCCGGACGUUAAAAGCCGAAAAUGUAUUCCAUGUAGAGUAGAUGUGCUUAAUAUUAUGAAUGCGUGUGGAAGUAUCGCGUGCUCGGGACUCUGUGUUUGCAGAUUUGGUUUGAUUAUAGAAUUUGAGGCUGUUCAUAAUAUUAGGUAAUCUACAAAUUAAGCUAUACAAAAUGUACUAAUAAAAUGCAUUGUAAAACCUAUAAUUUAUUAUUAAAAAUAUUUAUACAUCAUUUUAUCAUAUUUCUAUAUUUUUUUUAUGUAUGGCCCACAUUAUGAAGCGAAUCACGAAAAUGAAAUUAAUAUGAAAUUUUGUGACUAGCCUCGUGGUUUAGACCAUACCAGUCGCUUAUUUGGGUUGUUGCAAAUAACUACAUAAUAGCAAAUAAUGUCCCGAGAUCCCUAUUAAUUCUACACGUAAAUAAUAUACAAUGCAAAAGUGCCUUGAAAAUAAAUUAUUGCUGGAACAAAAGCCAGCGAACUGCAGAUAGUUUUCCCCUUCUCUUCCUACUAGGCCCACAAGAUAACUUUAAGUAAAUAGUAGUACUUAUGCAAAAAAAAAAAAAAAAAUUUUACUUAAACCUAAAAAAAUAACCUUUUCUGAAUAGCAUUCUUGGCACAAAAAAUUCUCUUGUUAGCAACUUAAUACAUACAAAAUCAAUGAUCAUAAUUAUUUUGACGUACAAAAUUAUAGGUUAAUCAUUCAAAACUUCCUAAAAUUACUUCCUCACAAAAUUCCUAAUGCAUUUGAUCACGCUACGCUAAUAUACUUUUAACUAUUUUUUUGCGUCCUAUACUGUUGUUUGGUUCUGUUUGGUAGAUGGGCAAGAAGUAGUCGAAUCUAGUACCUAUGCUAAAACGGAGACCUUUUAGUUGGUCAAACACAGCCAUGACUCGGUGAUUAUUGACCAUAGGAAAAUGACAUGGUCAUAAAUUUUACAAACAGUUCAAAGGCUGAAAUUAUAGAUUACAAUUAAAUUAAUUGAAGCUUUGCUUUUUUAGUUUAAUGCUCAAAUAAAGCAUAACAUCAAUUUAUGUAAAAUAAAAUAAAUUUAUAUAGGCUUCACUGGCCGUAAAUUAUAAAAUAUAAUGUAAAAUAAAUACAAAACUAUUUAAACUAAGCCAUCGACAAUGCUAAUUAUAUUAUGUUAAUGUAAUAAUAUCGGGUACAAUAACAUAUCUAUUUUUGUAUCUAAAAUAUUUGUGCAGUGUCAGAGGAAUGUAUACCUAGGCCGAUGUUACGUCAGAGUCAGUAAUUAUUUUAUGCUGAAAAAACGAGUUGUGUGAAGUUUUAGUUAUUUGCAAUAAGUUAUAAAGAUAAGUGUAAACUUACAGUGUUAAAAACUAGUAAAAGUGCCAACUCAAGUUCUUUUCUAUUCAUUGUGACGACAGUCACACAAUUUCAGGUAGCAAUGACAGAAUAAAUAAAAAGUCCUACGUGACUGAAAGACUAGCAACACUGGGACUCCCCACUCGUGCCAAUCGGGAUUUAAUUUAAGCAUGCAGUUUAUCCUCUAUCCCUCUUCUUCUCGGACUUAUGAAAGAUAACUUAAAUAUUAGAUAUGCCAUUAGCAGUACCCCGAUUGGAGGAAGUGGCGCUCGAGGCAAAAAAAUCUUGGCUCGUGCCAACAAUA